GCCGGGGUGCAGCGCUCUGCCGUGGUGGCCACCAGCCCAGGAGGUGUGGCGAGGGAGGUCCCGCCCCAGAGACGUGGAUGCCGAGGACACCGGCGCAGAUCCCAAGACCAGGACAGCCCCUAGCCUUAGGCUACCCUGGGGUCCCCAUAACGAAGGCAGGAGACCCGGCUCUGUCCUCAGGUCCUCCACCUGAAGUUGAAGGAGGCACAGCCGUGUGCCCAGGAAUCCCCAGAAGUCCCCAGACUGGUGGGGAGACGGAGUCUCCUCCCUCGGAGGUCUCCCGUGAUCCAAGAGGAGGUUAAUCUGGACACGGAGUGUCGAAUUGGACCGGAGUGAGGCUGGAAGCAGGGCCGUCAGGGCGGGGCCACUGUGACAUCCCUUUGAGCAGCAAGCACCCUACGAGGGUGGCCAACAGUGAGCACGGGAAGGAGGGACUGUGGGAGUUCCUGACAGCUAGGAUCUAGACUGAACUAUGAGCUCACCUCUGGCCUCCCUUAACAAGACCCGGAAAGUGCCCCUGCAGUCGGAACCUAUGAAUCCUGGAAGGCGAGGGAUAAGAAUCUAUGGCGAUGGUCCCCCAUACCACGACUCGGAUAUGGCGAGGAAGAUGCAAGAACUGGAGCAGCAGGUGAAAGCCCAGAGUGAUGAGAUGGUGUCCAAGGAUCAGAAGAUCCUGGCCCUGGAGGACCUGGUGCAGCGCCUGCAGCAGAACCAGGGUGAGGUAAGUGGGCAGCGGCAGGAGGAGCUACAGACCAUGUGCACGCAGCUGCAGCGGCAGGUCAGGGAGAUGGAGCGGUUCCUCAACGACUACGGCCUGCAGUGGGUGGGGGAGCCUAUGGACCAGGAGGAUUCGGAGGACAAGACGGUCUCAGAGGAGGAAGAGAGGGACUGGAUGACCGCCAAGAAGUUCUGGAAGCCAGGGGAUUCACUAGUGCCCCCUGAGGUGGACUUUGAUAGGCUGCUGGCCAGCCUGCAGGAUCUCAGUGAGCUGGUGGUAGAGGGUGACACCCAGGUGACGCCAGUGCCUGGUGGGGCACGGCUCCAUGCCCUUGAGCCCAUCCCGCUGAAGCUCUACAGGAAUGGCAUCAUGAUGUUUGAUGGGCCCUUCCGGCCCUUCUACGAUCCCUCCACACAGCGCUGUCUUCGGGACAUACUGGAUGGCUUCUUCCCUUCAGAGCUCCAGCGACUCUACCCUGAUGGGGUUCCCUUUAAGGUAAGUGACCUGCGCAAUCAGGUCUACCCUGAGGAUGGGCUGGGCCCAUUCCCGGGUGAGGGCCGUGUGGUAGGCCGACCAAAGGUGCGCAAGGCUUCGGACAGAGUGGAGGAGCACCCAGGCUCCAGGAUGACUGCUGAGAAAUUUCUGAACAGGCUUCCCAAGGUUGUGAUCCGACAAGGCCAGGUGAUUGACAUCCGGGGCCCCAUCAGGGACACCUUGCAGAACUACUGCCCACUACCUGCCCGGAUCCAGGAGACCAUAGUGGAGACGCCUGCCUUGGUGGCUGAGCGGGAAAGGAGUCAGAAGUCACCCAACACACCAGCACCCCCACUCUCCAUGCUGCGCAUCAAGUCUGAGAAUGGGGAGCAAGUCUUCCUCCUGAUGAUGUGGCCCAAUGACACUAUUGGUGAUGUGCGUGCCCUGCUAACACAGGCCAGGUGGGCACAGGGCAGGAGUAGGGGCUGCAGGGAGGCUCCAGCCCAAUGGCUUGGCCUGAUCCAUUCCACUGGGCCCCCAGGGGCAUGGAUGCAGCCACCUUUGAGAUCUUCAGUACCUUCCCACUCAUGGUCUACCAGGACGACACACUCACACUGCAGGAUGCAGGCCUGGUGCCCAACGCAACACUGCUACUGCGGCCAUGCAGGGCCCCAUUGUCUGACCCUGGCCCCAACUCCAGCUCUAGCCAUGAAUAAAGUGCCUGGCCCUGACACCAUCAGCUCUACCAGGAUGUUUUGGCAGGGCAGUCUGGAGGGGAAGGCAGAGGCCAGGGAGGGGUGGUGCUGACCCUCCCCUCGGUAACCUGAGCCUCAUCUGGCAGGACUGGCUGCUGGGUCUUCGUCGUCUAGGUUCUUCUUUCUCCUAAGAAGGGAGGCUAAGUGGAUCCUGUGAAGGGAAGGAUCCUGAGGAGGGAGUUGCCAACCCCAGCUGGGUUUCCAUUCUCAGCCUCAGCUGGGGUGGCAGAGCCUCACCUGGCAAGCGUUCAGUCAGCAGACACCUGUGUGCAGAAACACACAGACCCAUAAGCUCAUGGGGACACUUCCUCAAUACUAUGCACAAAGUCACUGCCAAACUAUACUCAUGCCUUCAAAAUGACAGAACUGUGGCUGUGUACCCUUUCCCAUGACACACCCACACUAACCAAUCCAAUCCAAGGGUGGGCAGCCCCAGGGCAGGCAUGCAAAUGGAUACCAACACACAACUGUGACCUGGAGAGUGGACCCCACUGUCUCCAGAAACCAUGGGUCCAUACAGGCACGUGUGUGCCUGACAUGCACUUACACACAUGCUGAAGCGCCACACACGAGCACAGC